CUUGAUUUGUUGCCGGAGGCUAAGUUUGUGUCACUCUAUGAUUGUGUGAGAUCGUAGCCAAUCAGGAGCAGCGUCCGGACCAGAGGAGAGAGUACCAACAGCCAGACCAUGGACCUUAGAUUCAGACGGCUGUCGCCUCUCAGCAGGGGAGCUCUUCAUCUUCUGCUGCUGGCCAGUCUGGUGCUGCCUUCUCACACAGAGAGCAUGCCCAGCUUCAUCAAGUCCCCUGACGAUCAGACGGGGAUUUCGGGAGGAGUGGCAUCGUUCGUAUGUCAGGCAGUGGGUGAGCCCAAACCUCGCAUCACCUGGAUGAAGAAGGGGAAGAAAGUCAGCUCUCAGCGCUUUGAGGUGAUUGAGUUUGAUGACGGCUCGGGGUCAGUGCUGCGUAUCCAGCCUUUGAGGACCCAUCGUGAUGAAGCCAUCUAUGAAUGCACAUCCACCAACAGUGUGGGAGAGAUCAACACCAGCGCCAAGCUCACUGUCUUAGAGGAAGACCAGAUCCCUCAUGGUUUCCCCACCAUAGACAUGGGGCCCCAGCUGAAGGUGGUGGAGAGAACACGUACUGCUACGAUGCUGUGUGCAGCCAGCGGCAACCCUGACCCAGAGAUCUACUGGUUCAAAGACUUCCUACCAGUGGACAUCAGCAGCAGCAACGGGCGCAUCAAACAGCUGCGUUCAGGAGCUCUUCAGAUCGAGAACAGCGAGGAGUCGGACCAGGGAAAGUACGAGUGCGUGGCAGUGAACAGCGCCGGGACUCGCUACUCUGCUCCGGCUAACCUUUAUGUCCGAGUUCGUCGUGUGCCUCCCCGUUUCUCCAUCCCCCCCACCAAUCACGAGGUGAUGCCCGGCGGCAGCGUCAACCUGACCUGCGUUGCGGUUGGUGCUCCCAUGCCUUAUGUGAAGUGGAUUAGCGGCGAGGUGGAGCUGACCCGGGAGGAGGAGAUGCCUAUUGGCCGCAACGUCCUGGAGCUCACCAACAUCCAGCAGUCUGCCAACUACACCUGUGUUGCUAUAUCCUCCCUGGGCAUGAUCGAGACCACGGCCCAGAUCACUGUCAAAGCUCUGCCUAAGCCUCCCACUUCCCUCAUUGUGACAGAAACCACAGCCACCAGUGUCACCCUCACCUGGGACUCUGGCAACUCAGAACCAGUAUCCUACUAUGUGAUCCAUUACCAUGCCAAACUGUCUGACAACGGCUUCCAGGAGGUAGACGGAGUAGCCACAACCCGAUACAGCAUCGGCGGCCUCAGCCCCUUUUCGGAAUAUGAGUUUCGUGUUAUGGCCGUCAACAAUGUCGGCCGGGGGCCUCCCAGCGGUAAGGUGGACACCCGUACAAGUGAGCAAGCCCCCUCAUCACCCCCUCUUCACAUCCAGGCGCGCAUGCUGAGCUCCAGCACCAUGCUGGUCCAGUGGGAAUCUCCAGAGGAGCCCAACGGCCAAAUCCGGGGCUACCGGGUCUACUACAGCUCGGAACACGGCACCCCGCUCAGCGCCUGGCAGAAACACAACACAGAUGACAGCCAGCUCACCACCAUCUCAGGCCUCACCACAGAUAUUACCUACAGCCUGAGGGUGCUGGGCUUUACCUCUGUGGGAGACGGGCCUCCCUCUGAAGUUCUGCAGAUCAAGACCCAGCAGGGAGUUCCUUCUCAGCCGACUGGUUUUGAGGCUGAGGCCGAGCUGGACUCUCGCAUCAUGCUAACAUGGCUUUGGCCUGUCCAGGACCCCAUCAUUAGCUUUGAACUGCUCUACUGGGAGCACAGCAACCCUACAGACAAGCAUCAUGCCACUUUCGCCCCAGCAGGCUCCUAUGCAGUUGAUGGUCUAAAGCCAGACACACUCUACAUGUUUUCACUGGCUGCAAAAUCUGAGAUGGGUUUAGGUGUCUUUACUCGGCCUAUUGAGGCCAGGACUGCCCAAUCCAUGCCUGGAGCUCCACCCAGGAAGGUGGAGGCAGAUGCCCUCAACUCCACUGCCCUCAGAGUGACCUGGAAGCCUCCCCUGUCUGUGAAGCAGCACGGCCAGAUCAGAGGCUACCAGCUGGUCUACUCCAGGCUAGAGAACGGGGAGCCUCAUGGCCAGCCGGUCAUCGUGGACAUUUCCCUCCCUGAAGCCCAGGAGGCCAUAGUAACAGGUCUGCUCCCAGAGACAACCUACUCUGUGACUGUGGCUGCAUAUACCACCAAGGGCGAUGGAGCACGCAGCAAGGCCAAGGUGGUCACGACCACAGGGGCAGUGCCUGGCAAACCCACUAUGAUGAUCAGCACCACCAUAGGGAACACUGCCCUGAUCCAGUGGCAGCCUCCUAAGGAGAUGGUGGGGGAACAUGUGGGAUACCAGCUGCAGUACAAGAGAGGAGAGGACGAAGCCUUCACCAUCAAAGACUUCAAAAAGGCAGAUGAUCAUUUCACAGUCACUGGUCUCCACAAGGGAGCCACCUACAUCUUCAAACUGUGCGCCAAAAACCGAGCAGGCAAUGGGGAGGAAUAUGUGAAGGAGAUCAGCACCCCUGAGGACAUUCCGAGCAGCUACCCCCAAAACCUGAGUGUGGUAGGCCUGACCGCCACCUCCACUAAGCUGGCCUGGGAGCCCCCUCCUCUAGCCGAGAGGAAUGGGAAGAUUGUCAAGUACGUGGUGGUUUAUCGAGAUAUUAACAGCCAGCGCAACAGCACCAACAGUACCACAGAAACACAGAUGACCAUCCAAAAUUUGCAGCCAGACACAACCUACGACAUCAGAGUCCAAGCUUUCACCAUGAAGGGGGGAGGACCCAUCAGCCCAAGCAUUCAGAGUCGAACCAUGUCCACCUCCAUGCCAGUGUUUACCAAGAACUUUGGUGUGAAGGCUGUGAUGAAAACCUCAGUCCUGCUGACCUGGGAAGUGCCAGAAACCUACAAAUCUCAAGUGCCUCUCAAGAUCCUGUACAACCAGCAGAGUGUGGAGGUUCAAGGCAACCUGAAGAGGAAGCUGAUCACACAGCUACAGCCAGAUACUGAUUAUUCCUUCGUGCUAAUGAGCCGGGGGAACAGUGCCGGUGGCCUCCAGCAGCAGGUGUCCAUUCGAACAGCUCCAGACAUGCUGCAGAUGAAACCAGCUCGAUACCAGCACGAUAUGGAAGAGGGUGGAAAAGUGAUCAUCAGUCUGUCCACGGUGCCUCCUGAAGUCUCUGUCAGGUGGUACUACAUAGUGGUUGUCCCCGUCAAUCCGGUUUCUCAGAGAAGAUGGGAGAACCCUGAAGACAUGGACAUACAGGAGCUCCUGGAGCCUGCUGCUGACAGCAGUCUGCAGAGAAAGAAGAGACAGAGCCAGAACUUCCUGCAGCCCUACAUCGCUGCCAAGCUGGACACUUUGCCUGAGAUCUUUACACUGGGUGAUGAGAAGAAAUACAAUGGCUACUACAACAAACCCCUCCCCGGCCAGCAGGAGUACCGCUGCUUUGUUCUGGCUGACUUGACAGAACACGAAUCUCAGCGGACGUUUACGGCCAGCCUGUUCUCUGAGCCCAUCAUGGUGAAGCUGCACAGUGGGAUGACCCGACAAAGUGAGGAUCCAGAGAUGCUGUGGGUGAUGGGUCCAGUGCUGGCAGUCAUUCUCAUCAUCAUCAUAGUCAUUGCUAUUCUACUCUUCAAGAGCAAACAAGAAAGGAAACGAACAUCUCCAGCCAAGGAUGAGCACAUGGCAGGGGUCAAGGACUCACUGCUGGCCCACUCCUCAGACCCUAUGGAGAUGAGGAGACUCAACUAUCAGACACAAGGCAUGAACACACAAACAAGGAUGAGGGAACAUCCUCCCAUUGCUUUCUGUGACCUGGUAGACUACAUGGAGAGACUCAAGGCCAAUGACGGUCUGCGCUUCUCUCAGGAGUACGAGUCUAUUGAUCCAGGACAGCAGUUCACCUGGGAGCACUCCAACCUGGAGGUCAACAAGCCAAAGAACCGCUAUGCAAAUGUGAUUGCCUACGACCACUCCAGGGUCAUCCUCACACCUGUGGAUGGAGUUCCAGGUAGCGACUAUAUCAACGGCAACUACAUUGAUGGUUACAGGAAGCAGAAUGCUUACAUUGCCACACAGGGGCCACUGUCGGAGACACUGAGUGACUUCUGGAGGAUGGUGUGGGAGCAGAGGACCUGCACCAUCAUUAUGAUGACCCGCCUAGAGGAGAAGUCACGGGUGAAAUGUGACCAGUACUGGCCCAGUCGAGGCACUGAGACAUAUGGGAUGAUCCAGGUGACCGUGCUGGACACUGUGGAACUGGCUACGUACAGCGUACGCACCUUCACCCUCUAUAAGAACGGCUCGAGUGAGAAGAGAGAGGUUCGACAGUUCCAGUUCAUGGCUUGGCCUGACCAUGGAGUGCCUGAGUAUCCCACCCCAACACUGUCCUUUCUACGCAGAGUCAAGGCCUGUAACCCUCCAGACGCUGGACCCAUGGUGGUCCACUGCAGUGCCGGUGUUGGCCGUACAGGCUGCUUUGUUGUGAUUGAAGCCAUGCUAGAGAGGAUGAAGCAUGAGAAGUCGGUGGACAUUUACGGUCUUGUGACAUGUAUGCGAGCUCAGAGGAACUACAUGGUGCAGACAGAGGAUCAGUACAUAUUCAUGCAUGAAGCCCUGCUGGAAGCUGCAACGUGUGGCAACACAGAAGUCCCUGCCCGAAACCUGUACGCCCACAUCCAAAAGCUCACCCAGAUCCCUCCUGGAGACACUGUCACCGCCAUGGAGCUGGAGUUUAAGAAACUGGCCAACUCUAAAGCACAUACCUCAAGAUUCAUCAGUGCCAACCUUACGUGCAACAAAUUCAAGAACCGCCUGGUGAACAUCAUGCCUUUUGAGUCCACCCGUGUCUGCCUGCAGCCAAUCAGAGGGGUGGAGGGCUCUGACUACAUCAACGGCAGCUUCAUCGACGGAUACAGGCAGCAGAAAGCGUACAUGGCCACCCAGGGCCCGUUAGCUGAGACCACAGAGGACUUCUGGAGAAUGUUGUGGGAACACAACUCCACCAUUGUUGUCAUGCUCACCAAACUCCGCGAGAUGGGACGGGAGAAGUGCCAUCAGUACUGGCCUGCUGAGCGCUCUGCACGCUACCAAUACUUUGUUGUGGACCCCAUGGCUGAGUACAACAUGCCUCAGUACAUCCUGAGAGAGUUCAAAGUCACAGACGCCAGGGAUGGUCAGUCAAGGACUAUAAGGCAGUUUCAGUUCACUGACUGGCCAGAGCAAGGAGUGCCAAAAACUGGGGAGGGCUUUAUCGACUUCAUCGGCCAAGUUCAUAAAACUAAAGAGCAAUUUGGACAAGAUGGGCCAAUUACUGUGCACUGCAGUGCUGGUGUUGGGCGGACUGGUGUGUUCAUCACCCUGAGCAUCGUCCUGGAGAGAAUGAGAUACGAGGGAGUGGUCGACCUCUUCCAGACUGUCAAGACACUCCGAACUCAGAGGCCAGCCAUGGUGCAGACAGAGGACCAGUACCAGCUGUGCUACCGGGCUGCUCUGGAGUACCUGGGAAGCUUUGAUCACUAUGCAACAUAACCCCACCCAGAAAGACUCAGAAGAGUUGUGUCUCCUCUUAGCCAUGUCUACUGAGCUCCAUCAGUUCCUGAGGCCUGAUGAGGAGGCUACGAGGAGGCCUGGAGAGGAGGUGACAGCAGGGAACAGGGGAGAUCAGAGGAAAGAGGAGAGGGGAUAGUCAGAACGACCUCCUCCUGUGAGCUGCCAUGAAUCUGCCACAUCCCGAAACCUAAACUUCCAAAACACAACCCUGAGAGACUUGUAGCCAUGACUCAUUCCGAUUCUUGACUGAAUACUCCCGUCACUCCCCAAUUUCUGCCUCCUCCUUAUAGCAAAACAAGUGUUCUGCUAUUUUCAUUUAUAUCUAUCAUUACUAUGUUAUAAAUAUUUAGAAUUUAUUUUGUAAUCACUUACCCUCGUAUAUGUCUUAAUGGGUCUUUUUUUUAUUUGCUUAUAUUUUUAUUAGCACAAGGGAGAUGUAUUUUCAACAUUAAUACUCACAGCUGCUAAUAAUUUUAUUUUGUACCAUAGAUAUGAUAUUCUAAUGUUAUCAUUACUCACUUGAUCUUAUUUAGGGGGAAAUGUGGCUUUGACAUCCAACAGAAUGAUGAUAAUGAUAUCUGCCAAACAGGUCAAAGCAACAGUAUGAAAUAAACCUAUGGCUAUAAACAUGCACAUAUACUGACUAUUCUCCAUAACUGUUUACUGAUUUUCUCAAAGCCAUCAGAAAUCUGGAGACUUUCAAAAAAAGAAAUAUAAAGUUGUUGGAAAGGUUGUUUACGCCAUAGUUCCCACAGCCCCUCUGGACAUACACUCAGGUAGAAUGAACACAGACCGUUUGUUCUUGAACCUUUGGAAUUAGACGUCACAUUCUAAACAUGCUCUGUGCAUGAAAAAAAUAAUAGAAGUCCAUUAUGGCACAAUGCUGAAUUGUAAUCAAAUUGGUUUAGUUGCCCAACCAUAGGAUAAGGCUGGCUUCAUUCCAUAUUUUCCUUUUGUCAACAAAUCCCAUGAAAACACUAAAAGCAACAAUGUGUUAGUCCGUCUCUUAAGACUUUAUUACUUCUCUGUCUGGGGCUCUCAGCUCCGAGCACAUGAUUCAUACUGAAAACAUACUUGAACAAUGGAGCUCUAUGACCCAGAGGCAGAAGAUACAUCAGGCUUUAAUACACAUACAACACUUAGUAGGAUCAGUUCAUUGUUGCUGUGGGUUUUCACAGCAGAGGAAAAAAGACGCUAUACAAUAUCACCAGACUUAUUCAGAACUUUCUGUUAAACUUUGUGUUAAAUGUUCUAAAUUCAAAAAUGUCCGACCUGUUGAUCUUUAUAAACCCAACACAGUUCACAGCUGAAUAUUAGCAGAAAUGUAGGAAUGCGGGGCUACUAUUAGAACAAAUGAAACAUUUGGAGUUUGUGAAUGAUCACAGAACAUGUGAUCUCACUGACCCUUUGACUGCUAUCAGCCAGCGUUAGCUAAGCUUAACUGAAAAUGUGUCUAGCUUAUUCUAACAUACAAUCUGGUUCCAGUGCACUCAUACUCAUUUCAUCAAAUUUCGGGCAUUGUUUUGAUACAAAAAUAGCCCACAUGGACCCCUAUACUGCACCCAAAAUGACUAAUACAGGGAGGUGAUUUAGUGAUAUCCACAAUCUCAUGACCUGUACCUUUCUAAUUGCAUACAGCUUACAUAGACAGGACUCACGAGCAGAUACACUGGAACCCCAUUCAUGCUAUAUUACAGCUCAACUAUUUUAUCACUGUGUAUAGCAGUAUCAAUGUUCAGUGUUUUUCACUGGAUGAGAUGACAAAGUGAGGUGGCUUUGGAUGAAGUGAACCAUAUAAAGGAUUCAUUUCACAGGGUCGUGCUGUCGGGGUCCUAUCUGUAUACAUGAUCUGUUUUCUAUUUGUUAAUAAAAAGCAGCCAACAAUGUCUUGAAAACCUUGAUGUUAAUAAAGUUGAAUAAUUGUUUUUUUGUAUUAA